AAUCAAAGAGAUGGGAGGAGCAUGCAGUGAUUUAUGUGCGUGAAAUAGAAGGGAAUGCGAGUGUCUCUGCUGCCUCGUCUUUCUGACAGAUCCCGCUGUUUAGGGUUUCUUUCUCAUACUACUCAAAAAUCCUCGGCUCUCCAUGUCUCUUCUCCAGACCAAUUCCCCACAAUGCCCUUCCUCAUUCCCUUCCUCUCCUUCCCCCUCCCUCUUCUCUUCUUCCUCAUUUCGCAUAUCUGUAGCCCGGCCUAAUAGCACCAGUAGGGCAUUCAUUUCUUGUUGUUUAUCGCAAUCUCAAACUGCUAUCGUCAAUGGGGGUGUCGUUAAUCGAAUUGCUGAGAGAAAUGAGAUUCGCUUCGGUUUGCCUAGCAAGGGCCGAAUGGCUGCUGAUACUCUUGAUCUUCUUAAGGAUUGCCAAUUAUCUGUGAGGCAGGUUAAUCCUCGACAAUAUGUGGCAAAAAUCCCUCAGCUAGCCAAUCUGGAGGUCUGGUUUCAGCGGCCAAAAGACAUUGUACGGAAACUUUUAUCGGGAGAUCUGGAUAUUGGUAUUGUGGGUUUUGACACUGUUAGUGAAUAUGGUCAGGGGAAUGAAGAUCUUAUUAUUGUUCAUGAUGCUCUUGAUUAUGGGGAUUGUCGUCUAUCUCUUGCUAUUCCGAAGUACGGAAUUUUUGAGAAUAUAAAUUCAUUGAAGGAACUAGCACUAAUGUCUCAAUGGACUGCAGAGAAGCCUCUGCGUGUUGCUACUGGCUUCACUUAUCUUGGUCCUAAAUUUAUGAAAGAAAAUGGACUGAAGCAUGUAGUCUUUUCAACUGCAGAUGGAGCCUUAGAGGCAGCUCCUGCUAUGGGAAUAGCCGAUGCAAUUUUAGACCUUGUGAGUAGUGGAACAACAUUAAGAGAAAACAACCUGAAAGAAAUUGAAGGGGGAACAGUCUUGGAAAGCCAGGCUGUUCUCGUAGCGAGCAGGAAAUCUUUGGUCCAGAGAAAAGGUGUGCUGGAUACAACACAUGAAAUUCUUGAGAGGUUGGAGGCUCAUUUGAGGGCAGUUGGUCAAUUUACGGUGACUGCAAACAUGAGAGGAAGUAGUGCAGAGGAGGUAGCUGAGCGAGUACUGAGCCAGCCAUCACUAUCUGGUUUGCAGGGGCCAACUGUAAGUCCAGUCUUCUCCAAGCGUGAUGGACGGGUAGUAGCUGAUUACUAUGCCAUGGUCAUUUGUGUUCCAAAGAACGCACUAUACAAGUCCGUACAGCAGUUGAGAGCGAUUGGAGGGAGCGGGGUGCUGAUUUCACCAUUAACCUACAUUUUUGAUGAAGAGACUCCCAGAUGGCGGGAACUGCUUUCAAAACUUGGGCUCUGAUAUCGAAUUUAGUUAAUUUGGGAAGUGAAGUUAGUGUGUGAAAUCUUCAAGGUUUUGCUUUUUUAAGGGAGCCUGUUAUUUCAUCGGGCAGCAAUAUCAUCUGUUGUUUUGUUGUAUCUGUAAUAAAUUACUUGUAGUGCUAUUAGAGGUUUCCUUAUCAAUGGAUUCUACAAGUUAUUCGUUUUGAGAUAUAAUUCAGUUGUUUAGUCA